AUGGACGAAUACUCUCACCUGACAUACCCGUCUUUGCGCCUAAAUGACCACACUUUAGAUCAGAAUGUUCCCACUCUACAAUCCGAAUACUCGCGUCGUAGCUUUCCAUUACCUAUCUCAAGCCUCAGUGCUCUCGAUUGCCUCCCUCCAGAAUUACUCGAGCAAAUUCUUCUCUAUCUUGAUAUACGCGCUCUCAUCAACUUCCAAUAUGUUAAUAGGCGUUCCGCUGACCUCGUCAAUCAUCUUCCCACAUACAAAGUCAUUGUUACUCACGCAAGAAACGCGUUACGUGGUAUCCUAUGUAUCCAAACUGGCAAAUGGAUCACUUGCUCACUGCUACUCGAAAAACUACACACAUCAAGUUGCGAGAAAUGUGGCGACUUUGGCGGCUAUCUUUACCUUCUGACCUGCAAACGCGUUUGUUUCCUCUGCCUAUCGCAGGAGAAGGAAUACCUACCGCUGGGUUUAAGCCAUGCGUGCCGGAAGUUUGGUCUGGAGAGAGCUGAGGUUCAGAAGCUACCUUGUCUUAGGGUUAUACCUGGAACGUAUUCGCCAAAUGAGAAGAAAGCUAACGAGACCUUCUUGGUUGACUAUGAGGCCGCACUGAACUGGGCCGUUGCCCAUCAUGGAUCGUUAGAUGCAAUGCAUACAUAUGUCACUAAUCAGAACGCAAAGAGACAAGAAGAUUAUGAGAGAAGGUUGAUGCAAGCACAGCAAGGGGAAGGCCCCCGCCACAUCAGAAAACCCCCGACAGGAGACCCUUACGAUGGACGUUCGGGAAAUCCCUUUCGAUUUGUGGCCAUUGUUUCUGCUCCGUGGCUAGACAGAUCAUCGGAUACGAUAGAAUGGGGCUUUCAUUGUUUGGGCUGCGCAAGGUCCAGCCGCCUUCCCCUUCACAAGAGGCGGAAAUUCAUUAGAUCGUCUUUUCAUGAUCAUAUUCGAGAGUGCGGCAAUAUUGAACAUGGAAUGCAUUCUAAACCUUAA